UAAUACACGGUCUGCGCGUGCGUGUUAGUGCUUCCUCGGUACAGCGUGAGCACAUGAGAAGUGAACGAAGUUGUUGUUUAUACUUUUAUUUAAUUCAACUAAAGCGAUACAAUUUAAUCUCAAAACAAGAGGAGCGGAGUACACAUGUUUUCUAUGUAAUCUUGGUAGCUUGCUUGGAUGUUUACUUCUGUAGGACCAGUUGAUUCAAGUGCUACAAAGUCAGGUUAACGUUACAUUUUUUUCUCAGUCAAUAAACAGUAGGUAGAGAGAGUCUGACAGUUCUGACAUGGGGCGAAAGAAGCAGGGUAAAUUUGAGCGCCCAGUGAACAAGGGGAAAGAUAAACGACACAAGAUGAAGGGGAAAUCUCUUGAGUGUUUCACAGAAGAGAUGCAUGAUGCAUUGCAAGCCAGCCUGCAUCGUGAUGAUGCAGGGGAGGCUGCCCAGGUGAAGUUGCCCUGCCCCCUGGCCAUGUGGGAGCUGGGCCACUGCGACCCAAAGCGCUGCACAGGAAGAAAGCUGGUCCGCAAAGGCUUUGUUCACAACCUACGCCUCAACCAGAGGUUCCAUGGACUCAUUCUGAGCCCCAUGGGCACCAAAUACGUCUCACCAGCAGACAGGGACAUUGUGGCUCAGAAUGGACUUGCUGUCAUUGACUGCUCUUGGGCUAAACUUGAGGAGACGCCCUUCAAUAAGAUGAUAGGUAGUCAUCCUCGGUUGCUACCAUACUUGGUUGCUGCCAACCCAGUGAACUAUGGGAAGCCCUGCAAGCUGUCUUGUGUGGAGGCUUUUGCUGCCACCUUCUGCAUUGUGGGUUUUCAGGACCUGGCUGUGAUUCUGCUAAGGAAGUUUAAGUGGGGGACUGUGUUUCUGGAUCUGAACAAGACUCUGCUGGAUCGCUAUGCAGCUUGUCAGUCAGAGGAGGAGCUGCUGGCUGUGGAGAAAGAGUACCUUAACACCCCUCCUGAGAAAGAGGAGUUUGAUCCAUUCGAUGUUGACUCAGGGAGAGAAUGCAUGAAUCUCAACAGACCCCCUCAUGUUGCUGAGGAAGAGGAUGAUACAGAGAGUGAUGGUGAGGAAGCUGGAAGUUCUGGAACAUCAGAAGAUGACAACGGUGAUGUCAAAGAGGAAGAGGACGAUGGGGGAAAGGAUAGAGAAACUGGAGAUGAGGAGGAAGAGCCAGGAGAGUCAACAAAUGUGCAAUGAAAAAUGUGGAUAUACUGGGGACUUUGAGGAGAAUGGCAAGACGUAUUCACUAUGUGAAAUUGUGUCCCUUUGUUUACUAAACAUUGUGUAGAACAGCAAAAUGAAGGGGG